GUUAUGAAAAACAUACAAAUGUGCAAAACAAAAAAUUAGUUAUAAACCAUCAAUUGCAAUUUAUAGCAAAUUACCAGUUGUUACAAAAAUUAUACUGACGUAACAGUGAAUCAGUGAUCCAAUAAAACUUUUUUGUUUUUUAGUUUACAUUUUAUUAAAUGUCAAACUGAAGUUUAAUUAAAUUUAUAAUUAUAUAAACAUUUUUAAUUAAUGUGAAAAUAAUGAAAAAUAUAUAACAAAUAAAGAAUGUAAUUAAAUGUUGUAAUAGUCGGAAGAGGAGCCGUCAUUCCCUCGGGUGAGCUCUCAGGCGCCGCUCUCUCCGAAAAUGUCGGGACUGGAAGAGGACGACGAUAUCGAGGAAGAGGAGGCGCUGGAGAGGGGGAACUGGACGGGAAGGUUCGACUUCUUACUAUCACUGCUCGGAUAUUCUGUUGGCUUAGGAAAUGUUUGGCGAUUUCCUUAUCUCUGUUAUAACAACGGCGGCGGCGCAUUCCUGAUCCCAUUCAUAGCGAUGAUGCUUUUGGCCGGUUUCCCAUUGAUGUUCAUGGAGUUGGCGUUCGGCCAAUACGCCAGCCUU